AUGGGUCUAUUCGGCCACAUGCGCAUCCACGAGAGCGGAAUUGACCACAAUUCCGAUACAGCCGCGACAUCCAACACAUCCACCACGCCCAGACCAAUCCUCGCUCCACCGUCACACGCGUCGACCACCACCACCACCAGCAUCACUGCUUCCUCUACAGAUGACACCGACACCGCCAACCUCUCAUGCCCACAUUGUCCACGCACCUUCACCUCACGCAUCGGCCUGGUGGGUCACUUGCGAAUCCAUCGCACAGAGACUGGCGAACCAGUGCCUGGAGCACCAACCUAG